UUUGUAUGGUCAAGCUUUCCGAUCACAUUGUUUUAAGCGUCGUCAGGGCGUCAGAACAUAAACCGAACAAACAAAAUAUUUAUAUUGUAAUUAGAGAUUCAACAUGGAUAAAACAUCAUAUGAUGAAUGGAAGGCAACACGAGAGGUUUUGGAGAAAGUAACGAGGUCCUUAGAGAAAACAUUGAACAGUGCUGAAUAUCUACAGAGGGCCGGACAAGAGUAUGUCGGGCGAUACAGCCGUGCAACUAACCGUAGUGAACUGUCUGCAUCGACCGGCUCCGGCUCCGGCUCCGGCUCCGAGGAAAUCCAGGAGGCGAAGCAGAAUAUUGAUACAAGAUCUGAAAAAUGGAGGAAACUGCUCUUUCAGAAAAAAUGUCCUGUCCAGUUUGAAAAUGAGCCCCAUUGGUACAAAGUGUUGCAGCGUUAUAGACCAAGCCGUUCCCUGUAUGAUGGACUCGGGGCGAACACACCCGUAAAGGUUGAUGAAUCCGUCCAAACAGACUUCACUUUCGUCAGAAAAUGCUACGUACUGGGCAUGGAGUCGUUCGAAAAGGAAGAAAAGACGAGCGGAGUAUGGAAAAUGUGCUGCUGUGACAACAGAAACCGAGGAGACAUCACAAAAUGGACCAAAGAGCCGAGGACACAUGAAAAAGAACCGAACAAGAGCGGAGGAGACAUGAAAAAGGACCAAACAAGAGCCGAGGAGACAUCACAAAAUAGACCAAAGAGCCGAGGAGACAUCACAAAACAGACCAAAGAGCCGAGGAGACAUCAAAAAGGACCAAAAGAGCCGAGGAGACAUAAAAAGGACCAAACAAGAGCCGAGGAGACAUCAAAAACGGACCAAAAGAGCCGAGGAGACAUCAAAAAGGACCAAACAAGAGCCGAGGAGACAUCAAAAAGGACCAAAAGAGCCGAGGAGACAUCAAAACUGGACCAAAGAGCCGAGGAGACAUCAAAAAGAACCAAACAAGAGCCGAGGAGACAUCAAAAAGGACCAAAAGAGCCGAGCCGAGGAGACAUCAAAAAGGACCAAACAAUCGCCGAGGAGACAUCAAAAAGGACCAAUCAAGAGCCGAGGAGACAUAAAAAAGGACCAAAAGAGCCGAGGAGACAUCAAAAAGGACCAAACAAGAGCCGAGGAGACAUCACAAAAUGGACCAAAGAGCCGAGGAGACAUCAAAAAGGUCCAAACAAGAGCCGAGGAGACAUCAAAAAGGACCAAACAAGAGCCGAGGAGACAUCAAAAAGGACCAAUCAAGAGCCGAGGAGACAUAAAAGCCGAGGAGACAUCAAAAAGGACCAAAAGAGCCGAGCCGAGGAGACAUCAAAAAGGACCAAAAGAGCCGAGGAGACAUCAAAACUGGACCAAAGAGCCGAGGAGACAUCAAAAAGAACCAAACAAGAGCCGAGGAGACAUCAAAAAGGACCAAAAGAUUGUCACCNCGACGACAGUGUACGUAAUGAUGAUGACAGUGUACGUAAUGAUGUCGACAGUGUACAUAAUGAUGACAGUGUACGUAAUGAUGAUGACAGUGUACGUAAUGAUGACGACAGUGUAGGUCAUGAUGACGACAGUGUACGUAAUGAUGACGACAGUGUACGUAAUGAUGAGGACAGUGUACGUAAUGAUGACGACAGUGUACGUAAUGAUGACAAGUGUAUGUAA